UCUAAUUACUUAACAAAGUGACUGUUUAGACAGUGUUUGGAGUGGAUGUCUUUAUUCAGUUAUGUGUAGAUCCACCAUAGAAGACUUUAACGUCGUUGUGAGGCUCGCAACGUAUUUGAUAUCACUGCAAAUUGUUUUGGAUGUGUCCAGCGGUCAAGAUGUAGAAGUUCCAAAUCCUUUGUUCCACUUUCCCGGAGGAUCGGACCCCUUUCAAGGCAUUAUUCUGGCUAUAGACCUUCCGCUAGACAGCGGAGGUUUCGCAGAUCUACAUUUUUCCUUGCUCUACGAGGCUGCGUAUGUGUUGCCAACAAACGAGACAUCUUUCGACUACCCGCCUAUAAUAGCGAGCCGGAAAAUUUUCUACGAUAUUUUUGAGGAGAAAUUUAAAUCAUAUGGCUACCCUGGGAAAGAUUGCCUUUUGAGAGCAAUAUGUGAAUCGGCUGAAUUUUCUGUUCAACAUACGGGGGUCUUAGGAGAUCUAGUCCACAUCCUUUUAAUGCCUUCCACUUCUAAAGCAGAAUAUUUGUUGGGCGAAGAGUACAAGGAAUCGGAAGAAUAUGGAAGAAGAAAUGGACACUGUAAGGAAUACCAAUAUAAAUGUUCUUUUAGUUUGUUAGAAAAAAUAAGUCGGAUUAUAUUGUAAUAUUUCUUGAUAAAUGUAACAAAAUGAUAUUGUUUUCAUAUCAGAUGCAGUUUGACUUUGAAAAUGAUUGAUUUGAUUA